AUGGUGAAGAUCUGCUGCAUCGGCGCGGGGUACGUGGGCGGGCCGACGAUGGCGGUGAUCGCGCUCAAGUGCCCGGCCAUCGAGGUGGUGGUGGUGGACAUCUCGCAGCCGCGCAUCGCCGGGUGGAACAGCGAGCGCCUCCCGAUCUACGAGCCGGGGCUGGACGACGUCGUGAGGCAGUGCCGGGGCCGCAACCUCUUCUUCAGCACCGAGGUGCACCGCCACGUGGGCGACGCCGACAUCGUGUUCGUCUCCGUCAACACCCCGACCAAGACCUGCGGCCUGGGCGCCGGCAAGGCCGCCGACCUCACCUACUGGGAGAGCGCGGCGCGCAUGAUCGCCGACGUCUCCCGCUCCGACAAGAUCGUGGUAGAGAAGUCGACGGUGCCUGUCAAGACCGCGGAGGCCAUCGAGAAGAUCCUGGUGCACAACAGCCGCGGCGUGCGGUACCAGAUCCUGUCCAACCCGGAGUUCCUGGCGGAGGGCACGGCGGUGAAGGACCUGUUCGCGCCCGACCGCGUGCUCAUCGGCGGCCGCGAGACCCCCGAGGGCCGCGCCGCCGUCGCAAAGCUCCGGGACGUGUACGCGCAGUGGGUUCCGCCGGACCGCAUCAUCACCACCAACCUGUGGUCCGCCGAGCUGUCCAAGCUCGCCGCCAACGCCUUCCUGGCGCAGCGCAUCUCCUCCGUCAACGCCAUCUCCGCGCUCUGCGAGUCCACGGGCGCCGACGUCACCGAGGUGGCGCACUCCGUGGGGAGGGACGCCCGCAUCGGCCCGCGCUUCCUCUCCGCCAGCGUCGGCUUCGGCGGCUCCUGCUUCCAGAAGGACAUCCUCAACCUCGUCUACAUCUGCGAGUGCUACGGCCUCCCCGAGGUGGCCGCCUACUGGCGGGAGGUCAUCCGGAUCAACGACCACCAGAAGAGCCGCUUCGUCAACCGCGUCGUCUCCUCCAUGUUCAACACCGUCGCCGGCAAGAAGAUCGCCGUGCUCGGGUUCGCCUUCAAGAAGGACACGGGGGACACCCGCGAGACGCCCGCCAUCGACGUCUGCAACGGCCUGCUCGGGGACAAGGCCGUCAUCAGCAUCUACGACCCGCAGGUGACCGGGGAGCAGGUGUCGCGGGACCUCGCCAUGAACAAGUUCGACUGGGACCACCCGCGCCACCUGCAGCCGCUCAGCGCCACCGACCUGGCCAAGCAGGUCGCCGUCGCGCCGGACGCCUACGAGGCGGCGCGCGACGCGCACGCCGUCUGCAUCCUCACCGAGUGGGACGAGUUCAGGACGCUCGACUACAAGCGCAUGUUCGAUGCCAUGCACAAGCCGGCAUUCAUCUUCGACGGCCGCAACGUCGUCGACCCAGCCAAGCUCCGGGAGAUCGGGUUCGUCGUCUACGCCAUCGGCAAGCCGCUCGACGAUUGGCUCAAGGACAUGCCAGCCGUCGCAUGA